AGGGAGAUUCCAGACGGUGUGUGUGUUUGUGUGUGUCAGUAUGUAGAUGUGAUGAUUCGGUGGGAGUUGCACUUUUCUCUUACAGGGAAACAACAAGGACUUUUUCACAACACCAAACGAGAGGAAAUAAGGCAAGAAGACGGCUGCGAGGAGUUGGAAAAUGCGAGAAGGAUUUCAGAAAGAGAGCGCGUGCCUAUGAAACAUUGCGCGCGGGAGAGCAGACAUUGUUAUCAUGGCUCCUCCACCGCACCGCCGAGUAUAAACUCUCAGCCGGACGGACGUCGGAACUUUUCUUGAAUGGCGUGAAUUGACGCGUUUUGUAUCUGAAACGCGAGUCCGAGGCAUUUCCAGACGUUCAAAAAAAGGGGGAAAGUGUAGGCGAGGGUAUCAAGAAAACGCCCUGUUGUUGGUAUCCCCACAUUCAAACUUUGUCGUCGACUUGCGGGAGGUGAUGGGACGUCAUGUGGAACUUUAUCUUUGGUGGUUGAAAGGCUAACUCUGUUCUUCCAAGUCUGUUUGCGUCGGAAAAUAUUGCAUCUCCUCAUUGUUGCACUCUGGGUGGGCUGGAAGCCCCGAAGACUGCUGCUGCUUAGGCCCCACCAACAACCAGGUGUCACAUGUAAACCAUCUGUAAAAACAGCAACGUAAUUAUUCCUAUUAUAUUACGAGGGACGCUGCAGACAUGUCUCAAGGCGCCGAGAGGAGGCUGGAAGCCCGGCUGAAGAAGUUGGAGGACAUGAUGAGAAAUCCCAGGUCUGCCUUAAACCUGGAAAGUUUGCUGGAUUCCAUAAAUGCUCUAGUCUUAGAUUUGGACUACCCUGCACUUCGCAAGAAUAAAAACAUUGAAAACUUCCUGAACAGAUAUGACGCCGUCAUAAGACAAGUUCGAGAGCUCCAGAUGAAGUCAGAAGACUUUGACAGAGUUAAAGUUAUUGGACGAGGAGCUUUUGGUGAGGUUCAACUGGUCAGGCAUAAAGCCUCUCAGAAAGUCUACGCCAUGAAGCUUCUCAGCAAGUUUGAGAUGAUCAAACGCUCAGACUCGGCCUUCUUUUGGGAAGAAAGGGACAUCAUGGCCUUUGCCAACAGUCCAUGGGUGGUGCAGUUGUGCUGCGCCUUCCAAGAUGAGCACUACCUCUACAUGGUGAUGGAAUAUAUGCCAGGAGGUGACCUGGUCAACCUCACCAGUACCUAUGACGUGCCAGAGAAAUGGGCCAAGUUUUACACGGCAGAAGUGGUGAUGGCACUGCAUGCUAUUCACUCGAUGGGCUUCAUCCACCGCGACGUCAAGCCAGACAAUAUGCUGCUGGACGGACACGGACACCUGAAGCUUGCAGAUUUCGGCACGUGCAUGAAGAUGGACUCUACCGGUAUGGUGCACUGUGACACAGCAGUUGGAACGCCGGACUACAUUUCUCCUGAAGUGUUAAAAUCCCAAGGAGGCGAUGGCUAUUAUGGGAGAGAGUGUGACUGGUGGUCUGUUGGGGUCUUCAUCUUUGAAAUGCUUGUUGGUGACACACCUUUUUAUGCCGACUCUCUGGUGGGAACCUACAGUAAGAUCAUGGACCAUAAAAACUCCCUAAACUUCCCUGAUGAUGUAGAGAUCUCCAAAGAUGCUAAGAAUAUAAUCUGUGCUUUCUUGACUGACAGGGAGGUGCGAUUGGGCCGGAAUGGUGUGGACGAGAUCAAGCGACACCCAUUUUUCAGGAACGACCAAUGGACCUUUGACACCAUCAGAGAGACGGUUGCACCUGUGGUUCCUGAACUUAGCAGUGACAUAGACACCAGUAAUUUUGAUGAGAUUGAAGAAGACAAAGGUGAUGUAGAGACGUUCCCUACACCCAAGGCUUUUGUUGGAAAUCAGCUGCCUUUUGUUGGUUUCACUUACUUCAAAGAAGACCAGUUAUUAAGUGCUUCCAACAACUCCUCAGUUAUUAAUGACAAUUCUAAGAUAGAGUCUGCAGCACUGCAGAAAAAGCUUCACCAUUUUGAAGUGCAGCUGAAUAAUGAGAAGCAAGCCAAAGAUGAUCUAGAGCACAAAUUCAGAGCUGCCACCAGUCGCCUGGACAAAAUCUCCAAGGAACUUGAAGAAGAGGUGUCCAGCAGGAAGAAUUUGGAGUCCAGCUUGAGGCAAUUGGAAAGGGAAAAGGCUCUUCUGCAGCACAAGAGUUUGGAAGGCCAUCGCAAAGCUGAGAGCGAGGCUGACCGCAAACGGUGUUUGGAAAAUGAAGUCAACAACCUCCGUGACCAGCUGGAUGACCUCAAACGAAGAAAUCAGAAUUCACACAUUUCCAAUGAGAAGAAUAUUCAUCUGCAGAAACAGCUGGAAGAAGCCAACACAUUGCUGCGGGCUGAAUCCGAGUCUGCGACGAGGCUGCGUAAAACUCAGACAGAGAACAGCAAACAGCUGCAGCAGCUGGAGGUCAACGCGCGCGAGAUGCAGGACAAAUGCUGUCUGCUGGAACGCAGCAAGUUAAGCCUGGAGAAGGAAUGCAUCAGCCUACAGGCCGCCUUGGAGACAGAGCAUAGGGAGCACAGCCAGGGCUCAGAGACCAUCAGUGACUUGAUGGGGCGUAUUUCUGGCCUUGAGGAGGAGGUACAACAGCAAAGACGAGCUCUUUCCAAAGUAGAGACAGAGAAGAGACAUCUUCAGGAGAAGCUCACUGACCUGGAGAAAGAGAAGAGCAACAAGGAGAUCGAUUUAACUUACAAGCUCAAGGUGCUGCAGCAGGAGCUGGAUCAGCAGGAGAGUUCUCACAAAGCCACCAGGGCACUGCUGGCUGACAAGAGCAAGUUAAAAGUAACCAUUGAAGGUGCCAAAUCAGAGUCCAUGAAGGACAUGGAACAGAAGCUGGCAGAGGAACGAACAGCCAAACUGCGACUGGAGAACAGAAUACUGGAACUGGAGAAGCACAGCAGCAUGAUGGACUGUGACUAUAAACAAGCUCUUCAAAAGCUGGAUGAAUUGCGCAGACACAAAGACCACCUCACAGAGGAGGUGAAGAAUCUGACGCUGAAGAUUGAGCAGGAGACACAGAAACGUAACCUGACUCAGAAUGACUUGAAGGCCCAGAACCAACAACUCAACUCUCUGCGAUCAUCCGAAAAGCAGCUUAAGCAAGAAACUAAUCACCUACUGGACAUUAAAUGCAGCUUAGAAAAACAGAACCAGGAGCUGCGCAAAGAAAGACAAGACACAGACGGGCAAAUGAAGGAAUUACAAGACCAAUUAGAAGCUGAACAGUAUUUUUCUACGCUGUACAAGACCCAGGUUCGUGAACUAAAAGAGGAAUGUGAGGAGAGGAACAAACUCUUCAAAGAAGUGCAACAGUCUGCACAGGAACUACAAGAGGAAAGAGAUUCUCUGGCGGCCCAGCUGGAAAUCACGCUGACUAAAGCUGACUCAGAGCAGCUGGCACGCUCUAUUGCUGAGGAACAGUACUCAGACCUCGAGAAGGAAAAAAUCAUGAAGGAACUGGAGCUGAAGGAGAUGAUGGCCCGUCAUCGUCAGGAAUUGUCAGAGAAGGACAUCACUAUCAAUUUGUUGGAAGAAGCCAAUAGGACUCUCACCAGCGAUGUCGCCAACCUAGCCAAUGAGAAGGAAGAGCUGAACAAUAAAAUGAAGGAGAUCCUAGAUGAAACAGAGAAGUCAAAUAAUUGGGAGCAGCAGAUCAACCAGAUGAAGAACACUUUUGAGAAGCAGCUGCAGUCUGAGCGGACGCUAAAAACUCAGGCCGUCAACAAGCUGGCAGAAAUUAUGAACAGGAAGGAGGUCCGUGGUGGAAGUAGUCGCCGUGGCAAUGACACAGACAUGCGCCGAAAGGAGAAAGAGAACAGAAAGCUCCAGCUGGAGCUGAGGUCAGAGAAGGAAAAGCUCAACAGCACCAUCAUCAAAUAUCAACGGGAGAUCAACGAAAUGCAGGCGCAAUGGGCAGAUGAGAGUCAGAUGCGAAUUGAACUGCAGAUGGCUCUAGACAGUAAAGACAGCGACAUUGAACAGUUGCGCAAUCUGCUGCAGUCACUCAGCGUUCAGUCAAUGGACUCUGCCAGCAUCAGUAGUGGACCAGAGUUUGAUGCUGACGAUGCGUUUACAGAAACAAGGCUUGAAGGAUGGUUAUCCCUCCCUGUACGAAACAACACCAAGAAGUUUGGAUGGGAAAGAAAGUAUGUCGUAGUGAGCAGCAAGAAGAUUCUCUUCUACAAGAGUGAACAAGAUAAAGAGCAGUCCAUUCCUUACAUGGUCCUUGAUAUAGACAAACUCUUCCACGUGAGGCCUGUCACGCAAACAGAUGUUUACCGCGCUGAUGCCAAAGAAAUUCCAAGAAUAUUCCAGAUUCUUUAUGCCAACGAAGGCGAGAGCAAAAAGGAGCCCGAAUUUCCUGUGGAGCCUCUACCCAUUGGGGAGAAAUCCAGCUACAUCUGCCACAAAGGCCACGAGUUCAUCCCCACGCUCUACCACUUCCCUACCAACUGUGAAGCGUGCACCAAACCGUUGUGGAACAUGUUCAAGCCGCCACCGGCUCUUGAGUGUCGGCGCUGUCACAUCAAGUGCCACAAGGAUCAUAUGGACAAAAAAGAAGAGAUCAUAGCUCCAUGCAAAGUAAACUAUGAUGUGUCCACGGCUAAGAACAUGCUGCUGCUGGCCACGUCCCAGGAAAUGCAGCAGAAGUGGGUGAGCCGCCUGGUCAAGAAGAUCCCCAAAAAGCCACCAACACCUGAGAACUUUGCACGCUCCUCGCCACGCGCUUCCAUGAAAGUCCAACCCAGUCAGUCUAUCAGGAGGCCAAGUCGACCGCUGCCCACCAGCAAGAGCAGGUCAAAUGGCUAUAAAUUGAUGCAAGAAGACUACAGCAGUGGACUUUGGUACAACUAGCCUUGUGCAGAAGGACGGUGGUGCAUCCUGAAGAGGUUUCCUCUUAAAUAGAAGACUGUAUCCUAAGCACACUGAACUUCACUUCCUCACCACUCACUCUCCCGCUUCAAAGCACCACUUCUUUUCCAGAUCAACUUCAUGCAACUCUAAUGGAAAACAAAACAAGCCCUUGAAAAGAACAUUAAGAUGUCUGACAGGUAGGGGGCGCUCACACAGAACAAUGAAGGAUCCACAUAUACCUCAAGCCGCCAUUGAAGGACCCAAUACCCAAAUUCUGUCAUCUCAUGUUUUCAUUAUUGGGAACUAAAAGUACAACUAUUUAGUCAUGUGAUGUGAAAAAAUGCACACAAAACUCUGUAAUUUGUCGGUUUAUUCCUUGAUCAGUCACCGGUGAACAGAAUCCCCACCAGCCCCACCCUGCAUCGUCAGUUCUAUUGUUUACUGAAUUUAAGGAAUGCAAACUUAAUGCUUUCCUUAUCUAAGCUCAGCUCCUGUUGUUGUUUGAAUGUAAAAAAUCUGGGACGUACCAGAAGAGACACAAGCAUUGUAUUCCUUCGAUCCAAAUAUACUUGACUGAAGCCCUCUCGUUAUCACAAAUGACUGAAAUACCUUGCAUGUAAACUUUAUUUUUUUUUAGUCACGCACUUAAAACAUUGUUGACGCAUGAAGACGUGUAGUUUUGUGUCAUUCUCGACUAUGAAAAGAAGGGAAAUGUACCAAUGAGCAGAUCAUAAUCCAAACAACGUACAGAGUGGCACUAUUCCAUCUUUUUUUUGGUUGUGAUAUUUUUGUAUUAAAAGUAACCAGACGCUA